AUGCAAGCCGGAACACGAAUACUAUUUGGCUCGUUGACAAGAAGUCAUUUAUUUCGAACUCGGCCUUUGUUUACGCGAUGUAUAGCCGCCAAUCAUGUGAUGCUCACGAGGAGAAGAGACUACUCUCAAGAAACACCAAAGCUGGCACCCGAAGAUCAUGGAAAAUACAAGCUAGCCACCGUUCCUAAUGCUAUUCCGCCGGAUUCAAUUAAGAGAUCUCACAUUAAUUGUCAAAAU